AUUUGUGUUCAUUGUCACUCAUUGUUCUACACAGGAAACACCAUAACAAAUGAGGAGGAGGUGAGGAUAGUGAUGGUGGGGAAGACUGGAACUGGGAAGAGUGCCACUGGAAACAACAUCCUGGGACAAAAGUGCUUUGUGUCAAAGUUCAGUGCAAAGUCUAUGACUGUAGACUGUGCUAAGGGCACAGCUGUGGUGGGUGGGCAACAGGUUGCUGUCAUUGACACCCCGGGUCUGUUUGACACCAGGUUUGACAUGGAUAAAACAACUAAAGAUGUGGGCCAGUGCAUCUCUUUUGCUGCUCCUGGACCCCAUGUGUUCCUGGUGGUCAUCAGACUGGGCAGAUUCACUGGAGAGGAAAUGAAGACAGUGGAGAAGAUUCAAGAAAUCUUUGGCCAGGCUGCAGACAGAUACAGCAUGGUUCUCUUCACUGGUGGUGACCUUACUGAAGACACAACUAUCAAGGACUUCUUGAAUGAAAGCUCAGAGCUUCAACAACUCGUAGCCAGAUGUAACGGCCAGUACCAUGUCUUCAACAACAGGAAGAAGGAGGAUCGCUCUCAGGUCACUGAGCUCCUCCAGAAGAUCAGAGAUGUAGUCCAGAGGAACGGAGGACACCACUACACCAACGAGAUGUUCCAAGAGGCCGAGAGGGCAAUCAAAGAGGAGAAACAACGCAUCCUGAAAGAAAAGGAAGAGCAAAAUCAGGAAGAAAGAAAGAAAAUUGAAAGUAAACUUCAGGAAAAAUAUGAAAAAGAAUUGAAGGAAAUUAAAGAGAAACUCCAGGCUGAGAGAGAGAGGGAGACAAAAGAGAGCAAGGGGGAGAAGGAGAGGGAGAAUGAGGAGAUGAGUGAGGAAAGAACCAACAAGUUAUUUCAAGAGGCCGAGAGGAUGAUAGAAGAGGAGAAACAACACAUCCUGAAAAAAAACAAAGAGCAAAUACAGGAAGAAAGGAAGAAACUUGAAAGAGAAAUUGAGGAAAAACAUGAAAAAGAAAUGAAGGAAAUUAAUGAGAAACUCCAGGCUGAGAGAGAGAGGGAGAGGAAGAAGGAGAAGGAGGAGAUGACUGAGGAACGAACCAACAAGAUGUUGCAAGAGGCGAUGAGGAUUAUGGAAGAGGAAAAACAACGCAUCCUGAAAGAAAACAAAGAGCAAAUACAGGAAGAAAUAGAGAAACUUGAAAGGAAUAUAGAAGAAAAAUAUGAAAAA